GGCAGCAAGAUGAGCUCUUAAUUUAAACAAAAAAAUUGUUAAUCUAGAUGUAAAUUUAAUUGUGAGAAUUAAGAAUAUAAAUCAGUAAGAACAAAUAAAAAAAAAACUGAAAACCUUUACUACAGAUAUUAGACCUCCAGGAAAGAAGGAAACAAAAAGAAAGAAACAGAAAGAAAGAAUGAAAGAAAAAGAAGCACUGAAGAGGUAAAGAAAAGGCAAAGAAGCUGCAUAAGAACAAGCUAAUGAAGGAGUCCCCAGAGACACUGAUAGCAGACUGCAGCCUGGCUGGGGGCAAGAGGACCAAAACCAACCUGCUGUUCUAUACAGAGCACCCCACACAGCCCUCUACACAGCACAUAGUACCCGGGACUGAGGCAGAUAGUUCUCUGAGGUUGAUCUCCCUGCCGCUGUGACUUUAUAGGUUUCCACACUUAGACUCUAUUUCCAGAGCUUGUGAAUGUCUGGUGAAGAGGUGCAGAUAAGCUUCCCUGAGCUUAUCCGCAAAAAGAGGGAUGGAGAGCAACUGAGUGAGGAAGAGGUCCAUUUCUUUGUCCGUGCUGUCAAAGAGAGGACCAUUCAGGACUGCCAGAUUGGAGCCAUGCUGAUGGCCAUAUGGCAGCGAGGGAUGGUGCCCAAAGAGACCCUGGCGCUGACCAGGGAGAUGAUGUGGUCUGGAGAGCUCCUGCAUUGGCCAGAGGAGUGGCGUGGAGUGGUGGUGGACAAGCACUCAACAGGAGGGGUUGGUGACAAGGUCAGCCUCCCUCUGGCACCAGCACUGGCAGCCUGUGGAUGUAAGAUACCCAUGAUCAGUGGCCGAGGACUAGCUCACACCGGAGGGACACUGGACAAGCUGGAGUCUGUGCCAGGGUUUAACAUUCAUCAGGCACCUGAACAGAUAAAAAGGAUUUUAGAUGAUAUUGGUUGCUGUAUAAUUGGGCAGUCUGAGACCCUGGUACCAGCUGACAAGGUCCUGUAUGCCAUUAGAGAUGCCACCUCAACUGUUGACAGUAUUCCGUUAAUCACAGGUUCAGUCAUUUCAAAGAAAGGAGCCGAGUCGCUUUCCGCUCUGGUUCUGGAUGUAAAGUAUGGAAAGUCUGCACUCUACAAGGACAUUAAUAGUGCCAGGAAAUUGGCAGAGUCACUGGUGACUGUUGGGAACAAGAUUGGCAUUUGUACUGGUGCUGUGCUCAGCAGGAUGGAUAAUCCGAUUGGACAGUGCAUUGGGAACUCCGUGGAGGUGAUGGAGGCCAUUGAGUGCCUAAAGGGCCGGGGACCGUCUGACCUGAAGGAGCUUGUCAUGGUUCUAGGUGGGUACUUGCUCUGGAUGUGUGGUAAGUCAGAUACCCUGGACUCAGGGAAGGAGCGUAUUGGGAAGACCCUGGACAAUGGAGAAGCACUAGUGAAAUUUCAAGCCAUGUUGGAGGCACAGGGGGUACAGCCCGACACAGCUCACUUGCUUUGCUCUGGUGACCAGGAUUACUUCAGGGUCCUCAGACGUGCCCAGCAUCAAGUAGAGCUUGAGGCUGAGAGUGAAGGCACUGUGCUGGCAAUUAAUGGCAUGCCCUUAGCUGAAGUUUUAAAUGUGCUGGGAGCAGGUCGAACACAAGCUGGAGCUCAAAUCAACCACAGCAUUGGAGCUGAACUGUUAGUUUCAGUGGGGCGACAUGUGAAUAAAGGUGACCCUUGGAUCAGAAUUCACUACGAGACUCCGGCCCUGACACAGAAUCAGAAAGUCUUCCUGCAGGGGGCUCUUGUCAUUGGGAGCAGCAGUGAAGUUGAUGACAGCCCGCUGGUGUCAGAGUUCAUUCUACCCAAGUGAAGCACUGCAGCAUUCUAAGAGGCUAAUACAGAACAACACACAAUGUGCUCUAUCAAUUAUUUUAAUCAUAUAAUAUAGCUAAUACAGACACCGUUAUGCCAUACAUUCGGAUGUACCAGAAACAACGUAUGUCCCCCAAUAAUAACCAAUUUAGUGUAAAGCUAGGUCACUGUAAAUUGCAUGAUCUAAAGAGACACACUGAAAAAGCUUUCAGAAAUACUGAUGGACAAUUCUGAAUUUUAAGCCUUGCUUUUUGCAAAGAAAAGAAAGUCUGACUCAUACCAACACAACAAAGUAGCAGGUAGAUUUUCCUGACAGCCUCACGAUCACAUGUAACAUGUUCUAUUUAACCAUAUAAUGCCCAUCUCUGUAUCACAUCUGAUACAAUGCUCAGCCACCCUUCCAUAUCAUUAUGUUUUAAAUCCAGCCUCACAAGCAGUACAGUGUGUGUUGUCGGGGGGGGGGGGGGUGAUUUGUUUUGUACAAGAAACAAAAUCUAGUUAAAUUAAGUAGCUUUUCUCAUUUCAGUAGUAAAUCUAUAGUAACAUGACUGUGCAGGUGAAUGACCAGAAGUAUAUUUAAUGUAUGCAGGCAUGUAUAUGGUCAGUUAAGUAAUUGUUAAUUUCUGUCCUGGAAAAAGUUUUUUUCUGAUUUCAUUAAAACAAAGUUCUAGCCAGUAUAAGUUAGAAUUGUGUCUAACAGCAAAGACAUCUCUUUUUCUUUUGAAUAUAAGGUAUUAAUUAUGAGCACGUUAACUCUACUAGUUUGUGUGGUUACAUCUUGUCACUGAAUUAUAUUUUGUAUCAGAAUGUUGUAAGGAGAAGAUUAGGCUUGUGUUGCUCUGUAUAGCCGUAUUCCUGUCAGCUCCACUGCCAACCAAAAUUUACAACUGAAAAACAUGUUUCAUUAUUGUUAACACAAGCUACAUUAUGAAGACAAUUAUAUCUGAACAAUGUAUUUUUAUUGUGGAUACAAGCAAAAGUACUAUAACUGUUAAGGAUGGGCAACCCUAGCCCUGGAGGGCUGGUGUCCCUCCUGGUUUUUGUUCCCACUGUAACCU